AUGCUACUGUUUGCCUUAGGCCUGGUUGGUGUUUCGGCGGCUGUUGGUUCAUUGGCAAUCGAUCCUGGUCCAACAGCUUGUUCCAAUAUAACAUCGCAGCUGGGAUCGUCCAAAGUCAUCACCAGCAAACUUAGUUUGAAGUAUAUCUCCAGCACUGAGUAUUGGAGCACGCCCCAGGAUGCGUACAAACCAUCCUGUGUCGUCUAUCCUUCAUCCUCGGAGGAUGUUUCUAUGACUCUUCAGGCCAUUCGGGCAGCGGGCAGUCAGUUUGCAAUCAAAGGAGGAGGGCACAAUCCCAACAAGUUCUUUUCGUCAACUGACAAGGGCGUUCUCGUUAACUUGAGUAACCUCUCGGCGAAGUCAUAUGAUCCAGACACAACGUUGGCAACAUACGGACCAGGUGGUGUAUUUGGCGACAUAUACGACUACUUCGUGGACUAUAACCGCACGGUGGUUGGGGCCCGACUCUCUGGGGUGGGAACUGGCCUCGCCCUGGGUGGUGGCAUGAGCUAUCUCUCUCCCCAAUAUGGAAUGGCCUGUGAUUCCUUCAGGGAGCUGGAGAUCGUUCUUCCUGAUGGUCAAAUUGUGAUAGCAUCCAACACUUCCAACCCUGACUUAUUCUUUGCCUCGCGUGGUGGUGGCGGAAAUGCAUAUGGUGUUGUAACAAAGUACACGGUCCAGAGUCGCCCUAUUGGUCAAUUCUUCGCGGGGAAUAUCAUCUACGCCUUUCAACAGAAAGACACCGUCGUUGAAGCAAUAGGCAAUUUUAUCCGAUAUAACACAGACCCCAAGGCCAGCAUUAUCGGUACUUACGAGAAGCUACCCACCUUAGAUUUAAAUCUGAACUUGGACGAGGCUGUUAUCAUGUUUCUCGUCUAUGAUGGCCCUGACGCAGGAGAGGCGUUCACGAACUUCACCAGAAUUCCACAUCUCCUCGACACUACUGGCCUCAAGUCCUACCCCGAGGUAGCCGGCAUGCCACUUCCAAUCGCCACUGAGGUUUCACGUGGGAACAACAUCUUCCGUGUUGGAGUCCAUCGUGCUGAUAAUGAUGAGUACAAGAAUGCCUUAGAUGUGUGGCGCAACUGGGGCGAGUCGAACAAAGGCAAAUAUCUACUCCUUUCGCUCGAUUUUCAACCUGUGCCCAAAAGCUUGACAGACGCCAGCAAGGCGCAGGGUGGAAAUGCAAUGGAUAUGCCCGACGGCCCAUGGUUCUGGUUGAAUUAUUUGGUCACAACGCUGCCUGGAAUGAGCCAGGCAGACUAUGAUGCCAUUCAGUCUAGCUUCCGUGAUAUGGUUGCGUCGACAACCAAUGCCGAAGGUCUUCCGUUGUUCAUCAAUGAUGCACACUAUGACCAACAUCCUUUGUCGACCUUCUCUACAUAUGGGAAAUUACAAGAGACUAAGAAGAAGUAUGACCCAGAUAACUUCUUUGCUGACAAGACGGGUGGUUGGUCAUUUGACUAG